GCCUCGUGGCAACAAUGGCAGAGAAUCUUUAAUAAGAUAUAGGAGUGUGCGAUCCGAAGUUCCCGUUCUUCCCGAGAGGCAGUUGUAAAGCUCGGUCAGUCUCAGACUCAUCAGUCAUGGAGUCGAGUUGCAUGUCCCAGAUGCUCCUCCAUCUAUUUUCGCUCGCUCUUCUUCUCUCUACCUGCUUUUCGAUUUCCGAGUCAAACCAGUUUUGUGAUGCUGGGAUUGGGUAUGGUGAGUCGGCAUGUGGAGUUUCGUCGUCAACGUCACCGUCAAAGAUAUUAAUAAAGAGUGGAACUGUUGUGAAUGCUCAUGGAGAAGAGAAGGCUGAUGUUUAUGUGGAGAAUGGGAUCAUAAUUGCUGUGAAGCCUAAUAUCAAGGUUGCAGAUGAGGUUACCGUGCUUGACGCCACUGGGAAGUUUGUCAUGCCCGGUGGCAUUGAUCCUCACACACACCUAGCUUUUGAGUUUAUGAAUACCGAGACAGUUGAUGACUUCUUCAGUGGUCAGGCUGCAGCAUUAGCUGGUGGAACAACAAUGCACAUUGAUUUUGUUAUACCAGUUAAUGGGAGUUUAACAGCUGGAUUUGAAGCCUAUGCAAAAAAAGCAAAGAAGUCUUGCAUGGAUCAUGGUUUCCACAUGGCAAUUACAAAAUGGGACGAAGUUGUUGCAAAAGAAAUGGAAAUCAUGGUGAAGGAGAAAGGUAUCAACUCCUUCAAGUUCUUCCUGGCCUACAAGGGGGCACUUAUGAUUAAUGAUGAGCUUUUAUUAGAAGGGUUUAAGAAGUGCAAAUCCCUUGGUGCUUUAGCUAUGGUUCAUGCAGAAAAUGGAGAUGCUGUAUAUGAAGGGCAGAAAAGAAUGAUAGAACUUGGUAUUACUGGUCCAGAAGGGCAUACACUUUCAAGACCUCCGUUGUUGGAAGGAGAGGCAACUGCUCGAGCAAUUCGUUUGGCAGGUUUUGUUAAUACUCCUCUCUAUGUAGUUCAUGUAAUGAGCAUUGAUGCUGUGGAAGAAAUAGCUAGAGCUCGAAAAAAAGGUCAAAGGGUUAUAGGAGAGCCAAUUGCUGCUGGGUUAGCACUUGAUGGUUCUAAAGUUUGGGAUCCUGACUUCGUCACUGCCGCAAAGUACGUUAUGAGUCCCCCUCUUAGGGAAUCUGGACAUAACAAGGGCCUUCAAGCUGCCCUUUCAACUGGAGUUUUGCAGCUUGUAGGAACCGAUCAUUGUUCCUUUAAUUCUACACAGAAAGCACUCGGGAUUGAUGAUUUCCGAAAAAUUCCUAAUGGUGUCAAUGGUAUUGAGGAGAGAAUGCAUCUUGUAUGGGAUACAAUGGUGGAAUCUGGCCAAAUUUCUGUUACUGAUUAUGUUCGGGUAACAAGCACAGAAUGUGCUAGAAUCUUCAAUAUAUAUCCUAAAAAAGGAGCAAUUCUUCCUGGAUCUGAUGCAGACAUAAUUAUACUCAACCCAAACUCAAGCUUGGAAAUAUCUGCAGGGUCCCACCACUCUAGGUCAGAUACAAACGUUUAUGAGGGAAGGAAAGGAAAGGGAAAGGUUGAAGUGACAAUUACUGGAGGAAGAAUUGUUUGGGAAAAUGAUGAACUGAAGGUUGUUCCUGGUUCUGGAAAGUAUGUAGAACUGCCACCAUUCGGUUAUCUGUUCAAUGGAAUCGAAAAGCUAGAUGCUAUGUAUUUAUCUUCUCUCCAAGCUCCAGUAAAGCGAUUUAAAUCCGCAGCUUAAACUGCAGUUACUAUUACUGCUACUCUACUAGGUUCGUCUGGAGGGAAAAUAAUACACGAUACUCAUGUAUAACUGGCCUUGGCUUUGUAUAGAAGAGAAAUAAAUGAGACCAGGCUAAUGUCAUCACCGCUUGGUGUCAAAUGUAAAUGAAGUUUUCUAUGGAUGUAAAUUAAUGGAACUCUACUAUUACUGUUUCCUAA